AUGUAUUGUGAUGCACAUGAUUCCGAAUCUGAAGACGAUAGAUCACUGGCCCGUUUCAGAGAUGUUCUGCAAGAUCCACUGGUAGGCAACGUUGGCAUAUCAGAUCAAGUGGUCAACGUUUUACCACAAAACGAUUAUGAAAUGAGCGAAAAUGAUGCUCCAGAAUAUGACUCAGAUGCUGAUCCUUCUUUCGGCACGUGUGAGGUAAAGUUAUGUAAAGAGUAA